UGGGAGUGACAAGGCAGUACACUAAUCAGCGAGAGGAAUCACGACGCCUUAAUAAAACAGCCAUCCAAUGGGACACUUCCUGAGGAUGUCAUCUAUAAAACGUAAGUUUACAGUCGGAAAAAUGAAAAAAAAAAAAGAUUGUGGAAAGGUUCAGGUUAGGAUGAUGAACUGGAAAUGCUCACAGUUUGUCGGGGGAACAGCUGAUGUCUGAAUUUAUGCUUCGCUCAAGACCCGAGCGAAAUCUCCGCUUCUCGCUUCUGGAAGAAAAAAAAAGAUUUUGGUUUCUCAGCAGCGCUGGCUAGAUGAUUUGAUCUAGGUGGAACACACUUCUUUGGAACUUUUCGUUUCCAGAAACAAACCUUUUUGGACAGCUAAAUUAAGGCAUGGGUUGCUCAUAGAUGUAUUCCCUUUCAUGGUCAAGGUGUUGUAGGGAAUCAUGGGGAGCUUCAAGGGCCAUGCACUUCCCGGAAGCUUCUUCCUCAUAGUUGGGCUCUGGUGGACGGGGAAGUACUCGCUGUGGUAUGCCACACGCAGGAACAAGAAUCUGGGUUCCACUCGUCUGGCCAGCAGGGCAUCACAGCGACGUCUGGAGAUAGUUGAAAGCUCAGUCACGCUGUUUUUUUCAGUGAUUGGAAUGCUGGCGGAGCAGUUUUUCGCAGAUGGACCCAGGCUGCAGUUGUAUGACUUUGCAGAACAAAACUGGAAGCAUCUGAUGAACUGGCAGCAUGCCACCAUGUACCUGUUCUUUGGUCUAGCUGGGACUGUGUCUCUGAUAAUCCACACUACAGAGGCUGCCCCACUUGCUCUGGAUAGGUUAAUGCUGGCUAUUGCUUUCUUUAAUGAAGGAUUUCUUUUCCUCUACCACCUCCAUGGAAGGGCUAUGCUGGACGUACAUGUGCAUCAGCUCCUUCUCUUUGCCAUCUUUGCGCAGGCUCUCACGGCCUUCCUGGAGGUCUUUCACAGAGGCAACAUCCUCCUGGAGCUGCUGCGAUCCACACUCACUCUGCUACAGGGCAGCUGGUUCUGGCAGAUUGGAUUUGUGUUGUACCCAUCCAGUGGGCCUGAGUGGGACUUGAAGGAUCAUAAUAAUAUGAUGUUCAUCACCAUGUGUUACUGCUGGCACCUGGCCUUCAGCAUGCUAAUUGUGAGCGUGCUCUACUGCACCAUCAACUGUGUGGUUCGCUCCAGGUUGAAGAGGACGCCUCCAAUGGAAAUGGGACUUCUGAAGCCCAGAGAGAGGGAGCCAGAGUCAGAGGACGAGAUUUUAUAAAUAUGUGCCUAACUCAACUCUUGUUCUCAUCCACAUUAUCUUACAAUGAAUUCAGGGAUAUCAUACGAGAAUUUCCAGUAUCAAAACUAUUGGGACAAGGGGCAAAGGAAAUUAACAGAAAAGGACUAGGGCAUGGUUUCUGGAUGUUUUUUUUUCUUCAAAUAUAUUGCUCUACCUCUGUCUUAUUUAAUCAAAUGUAAAUGUCCCUUUUAGCCAUACUUUCACUAUUCAUUGUUAUUUAUUAUAUUGUACUCUUACACUUUGCAUCAAAGAAGGUUGAAUCAGUUCCUCUGGAUACAGCGUUUAUUGAGAUACGUUUCAUCACUCAUCUAAGUGAACCGCAGGUAUCCCCACCGCUUAUAAAAAAUACAUUUGGAUAAUGACCGAAACUGUUUCAUAUGCAAAUAUGGGCGUGACCAUUAACUACAGCUACAAUGGCCAUGUGUACUGUUCACAGAGGAUUUGGGAAGGUUUGCAAGCACAGCAUUGUAAGAUAGCGACAGAUGUACUCUUAGCCCCCCCGGUUAAGGUAUGGUCAUUCCCUCUUAACAUAGAUGGCCUCUUUGUCGCCAUCUUACAAUGCUGUGAUUGCAAACAUUCCCAAAUCCUCUGUGAAUAGUACACAUGGCCACUGAAACUCUUGUUAAUAGUCACACCCAUAUUUGCAUAUGAAAGUGAUUGUUGGUUUUGGUCGUUAUGUCACUGUAUUGUUUAUAAGGGUGGGGAUACCUGCAGUCAGUUGACACUGAAGAUCAGAGAAGGUUGAAUCAGUUCAUCUGGAUACGUUUAUUGACAGAUACAUUUCAUCACUCAACUAAGUGACAUCUUCAGUCUAAACUGACUGCAGGUAUCCCCACCCCUUAUAAACAAUACAGUUCAGACUGAAGAUGUCACUUAAGUCAAGUCAAGUCAAUUUUAUUGGUAUAGCCCAAUAUUACAAAUUUGCCUCAGUGGGCUUAACAGCAACACAACAUCCUGUCCUUAGACCAGUCCUUAGACUCACUUAGUUGAGUGAUGAAACGUGUCUGUCAAUAAAUGUAUCCAGAUGAACUGAUUCAACCUUCUCUGAUUUUCUUACCUGGAUUACUGAGCAUGCGUCAAGCCAUUUAGACUGAAGUUGUCACUUAGAUGAGUGGUGAAAUGUAUCUGUCAAUAAAUGUAUCCAGAUGAACUGAUUCAACCUUCUUUGAUUUUCUUACCUGGACUAUUGAGCAUGCAUGAAGACAUUACACUUUGCAUAUUUCCUCCCAUAUAAUUUUUACUAUCAAAUGUUUGCACAUAUAUGAGCACAUAAAAUUUAAGGAUUAACUUGCAUGCAUUUCAUCCCACCUGCCAAACUAGCUUUGAUAGAUGGUUUAGUGUGGUGACUUUAAAUCAAUCAUCUGGUAACACCACUACCGCUGGUAUUCUUGUGUCAGGUGGUAAAUAUAUUCACCUGUGGUCAUCUAAUAGGGGGUUUUACACCUUGCACAACAGAUUAAUGUAAUUAACUACCUGGAAAAAUAGAAAACUAGCAGUGCUGUGGGUCCUCGAGGACUGGUUUGAAAACCAUUGGUUUAGCAUAAGAAAGUACUCGUAUCUUGUAGUGAAGACAUUGCAUUUAUUAUCUGGAAUUAUUAUUAUUAUUAUGGAUCUACUUGAAAUAAGUUGUUGAAAUUGUGAAUGACACCUCAUGCUUUUAAUUUCCUUUUCAAAUUUACAAUGCUGAGAGCAAAGUCCGCUAAUGGCCAAGUAAAGUCUGAAUGCGACAUACGUAAAUGUCUGAAUGCCUUUAAAAAUAUAAGAGAGAAUAUAUUGUAUUUUGAAGCCAUUAUAGAGUAUAAUCAGCAACCAAAGAGCAUUUCUUUUGUUUUUGGUUAUGUUGUUUCGGACAUUUUUGAUUUUUGUAUCAA